AUAGAGCUUUCUACACCAUGUGGCUAAUUCAUGUAAAGUAAACAAGCAUUCUCUGAAUUUGCUCAGGAAAGCGUUAAAAAAAAGCAACGCUCCCCUCCACCCCUCUUCUUUCAAGGAAAUGGUACAGUCCACCAGCGUUAGCUCAGUUCUCUGCUUGAAUUCCUCUCUGGGUCACACACAGUAAAGUGGGUUUUCUCGUCAACUUUUGUUUUGAUUUCUGUUUUUAAAAGUCUGCCAUGGACAUAAAAUGUGGGGGGAUAUCCCACGAGACAAAGGAUGCCGAUGAAAAUGUUCAGCAGAUCUGUGAUAAAGUGAGGCCUGAUGUGGAAGAGAAAGCAGGGAAGACCUAUGACGUUUUCACAGCCAAGAGCUACAAGACUCAGCUUGUAGCUGGGACAAACUACUUCAUCAAGGUCCACAUUGGCGGAGAUGAUUACAUUCACCUCCGUGUUUGGAAAAAACUCCCAUGUUAUGGAGGAGAUCUUAAGCUGUCAGACAUCCAGGUCUCCAAGAGCCACCACGACUCCAUUGAUUACUUUUAAAAGGUUCACAGUCCAGUCACAGGACCCGGCGGUCGGCAGCGAAGACGUCAAAUCAUCAAUAUCCAGCGACGACGGGGCAAAGAGCAUCUCAUGUAUUAGUAAAAUACAGCCAUCGGCUCUUGUGUAAACUGUUUACUCCUCUGUGCAUCUGUGACAGCUCACUUAGAGAGAAUCUGGAAACUAACUCCUGCAAAUCACAUGUUUUACGAUGUGGUUGUUCUGCCACGCUCCCUGCUUUUAUGACUUAAAAUAUGAGCCUGUAAGCAGUUGGGUAAUCCCUGAUCUUUACCAUUACUCACAUCCCGGUUGCAUCUUGUGACUGAUGUUCCUUAUUGUUUUGCACGCAGUACUCCCAGUCUUACACUAAAUGAUGACUCGUAUGUCUGCAGCUUGAUGUUCUUAAAUAUAUUGCAUAUGAAGAACAUACCUCAAUGGAGUGCAGCUUCAUUAGGGUUAUUCUUUUUUUUUUUUUUUGGAUGUGAAAUUUAAUAACUCCUAUAAUAUAAAAAUAAAGUUGUUUUUUUCGUUCAGUUGUAAGAAUGUAUGAUCGUGGUCGAGAUGAAUGGAAUGGAGACAUUUUUUUGUAGGUUUUUUUUUUUUAAAGAACCUGGAAAAUUAUGAAAGUUAAUGCUGGUGUGACAUUUAAUGCUGCAUAGAAAGCUAUAACAACUCACUAAUGCUCAAUACUCUAUUGUUUUGUCUCUUUAGAUGUCUGGUAACUGAAUAAAACAGGUGCUUUAAAUGCUAA